CUCCGCUCCCGACAGACCAGGCCUUCCUUCUUCGCCAUGAAGCUGGUAAUUCUCAGUGUGCUGUGCUCCGUGGCAGUGAGCCAGAAAUACAACUACAACUACAACCCAGCCAGCCUCAGGGAAGUUCCCAUCUUGGCCUACAACAACGAAGUGAACCCUGACGGCUCGUACAGAUGGAACUACGAGACGGGCAACGGCAUCGCGGCGCAGGAGCAGGGCUACCUGAAGAACCCCGGCCAGAAGGACCUGGAGGCGCAGGUGGCCGAGGGCUCCUUCUCGUACACGGGGCCCGACGGGGUCGUCUACUCCGUCAGCUACGUGGCCGACGAGUACGGCUUCCGGCCGCAGGGCGCCCACCUGCCCACCCCGCCGCCCAUCCCGGAGGCCAUCCUGCGCUCGCUGCGGCUGCAGUGAGCCGGGGCUCGCUACGCACCCCAGUACCGCAGCCAGCAGUUUGUUUAUUCACUGGGGAAGCAGGUGUUCUGCUUGCAACCCAGUCUACUGAUAACUCCCGUUAGUGAAUAUUGUGCUUAACAACUUUUCAAUCUUAAUACAUUUCCUGUCAUUAAAAUACAUAACACUGUCAACAAUUAUGUGGUCAACUGUUUGUAGAGUCUUAAUUACGUAAAUAUUUUAGUAUUUUCAUAUUAAUUCAGGCCUUGGUACUGUGCCUUAAUACUUACUAUUCAAUUGCCGUACGUCUUUAAGGUAUAUAUUUAAGUUUUUUUACAUACUUAGCUGUUUGAUCUCACGUCGCGCUGUCAUUCAUAAUGUCUCAAGCAUGUAUUCGGCUUGAAUUCGCACACCGCCACGGAGAAAAGCACUCUUUGUGCGUGAGGAUGAGAAUUCGAGUAUUUUGAACAUAAACUUAAUGGAAAAAAAAUCUACCGUAUGCAAUAUUUUGCAGUUUUCAGAAAAUAUGAAAUGCGAACAUGAAUUUCAGACAAGCGUUCUUAAUAAUUUUUUAUUUUGUGCUCUCUCCCUUUACAAUAACCACUUGCAGGCGGCGCCUGUUUGUUUGAAGAUGGCUGAAUUAAAAUCAACAAAUAUGCUGAACCAAUUUUAGGGCAGAAUCAGUUCAAUGCUAUUUAUCAAACAUAUUUUUUUUAAGUUUAGAAAUAAAUUCAAUUCCGUUGCUCAGUUUGCGUGGCUAGAGACAGCAGAUAACCUAUUUCGCCAAACAUUGACGUAUUUCAUCGCUGGCUCGAACCAAACUAUCUCAGUGAAUUGUGGUGCUUACUAACCAAGGCAAUGCACAUUCCACGAGUAGGAUCAGCUCAUGCGACACUGUUUCACUUGGAGACAACAGUUGCGCCCUCGUACACUUCCCCAAAGACACGUCUUCGGGGCGGAGAAAUUGUUAUGUCUACGCCUCCCCCGAGACGCAAGCCUUUGGGGAAACUGAUGACAAAACACUAACGAAACUAGGCUAGUUUACGUGGUUCGUUCUUUCUCAUUUUUUUUUGGUCAUUUAUUUUUUAUUUUCUUAGGGUCACUGAAAAUCAUGGUGUUUGGAUAUCAGGAAUGCUUCCCUUUUUUCUCGUUCACUGAAGUAGAAAAUUUCAGAUAACGCCAAGUCUUACUUUCUGAAGUAUUCUUAGGUCGUUAAGUUAGUCGCAUUGGAAUGGAAAUUAGUUCUCGGGCUGGGAAGUGAUAGCAUAGAAAUAUUCACCUGUUUACAUAACUGUCAAGGAAUGUUAUUCCAAAUUAAUGCAGCUUACAUUUAUCAUCCUAAAAAGUUAUUUAAGAGUUUGUUGGUUUUUAAAAUUAUUUUUAAUCUUUGAAAAUAUAAAAAAAAAGGUUUUCAGCUAUUCAAGUAAUAAAUGCUGAAAGCAUACCUCCAAUAGCAAAGACAGCAGACCAUGAAAAAUAAGUACUGCUUCCCAAAUAAAAUACUAGUAGAAAUGUGAAUGUGUGCAUGAGCACAGUACACAAAAUAAAAGCAUUUACAAUAAUGAACUAAAUGCAUUAAUUAGAUAUUAACAAACAUUACACCCAACUUACUAAACAACUGCUCUGACUUGAUGUACCUACGUUCUGCGUGAAGAGCAAAUGAAGGCUUACAUAAGUUGGCUUUAAAGUGUUUAUUAUUGUACAAUUUUUGUGUGUGUUUUGUAAUAUGUAUAUAGCUGGUGAAUAAAGACCUGUUUGUUGUGGUUAAAUCAACUAUUUUCUUUAUGUUAAAAAAACAGUUUUUCUUCGUUGAAAUGCAGAACAAAAAGCACUAACAAAUGUUUUGUGGAGUCAUUUGUUUAAGAAAAGCUGUUAACUUAUAGUAUGAAUAUUAAAAAAAUGUAAAAUCAAA